GGUGAAGUUUGGAACGACUAUCCAUAAUACUGAAGGUAUCUUGGAUUAUGUUCAUUCGGACGUGUGGGGACCUUCUAAGACCCCAUCAUUAGGCGGAAGAGGCUAUUUUGUCACUUUCACUGUUGACUUUUCAAGACGUGUUUGGGUGUACAAU